UCUAGUUGUGGUCUCACCAUGAGUUGGAAAUAUUUGUGUGUUUAUCUGGUCCUCCUUCUCAGUCCAUCGUGGGUGAAGUGUCAUGACUUAGAUAAACGAGCUCUGAUAUUCCCUGAUACCAGUUUAUAUGGGACAUUUCUGGCGAUUGCCGUGCCAGUAGACAUACCGGACAGAAACGUGUUCGUCUCUUACAACUUCGAAGCCAACUACAGCGUGGUAACCAACAUCACUGAAAUUGAUGAAGUUAUAUUCCCUAAUUUACCGAUAGUAUCAUCGCGUCACAGUCGCAGUAUAACGCGGCAGCUCGCGUACACCGUCCUAGAGACGAGUUUCAAGGAGAACGGCAUGAACGGCAAGGAAUGUUUGCUACGCAGCAUCUGCGAGGCCGCCGAGACGCCGUUGUAUAACAACGGACUUAUUGGAGACAUCAUGCACAUCAUAUUCACACCAUCCACUUCCAGAGAAGAAGCUAUAGACGACGAAUACUAUGAAGCCGAACUAAACGGGAGGAGAGGAGACUGCGACGAAUACUUAGACGACUGCCCACUCAGUAUACUCGACAUGAUCACACGACUAGUGGAAAUGAAACAUUGAAUCAAAAAUGAAACAUCA